CGCUCUUGCAGAGUCACUCCGUGUAUUUCGAGUGUAAACAAGAGGUUAGAAGAACAAUCUAGAACUUGAUGCGAGUUAUUCUUAUGCGAAGUUUAGUUAAUAAUUAUUGUACGGAGAAACUUGUGUAUAUACAUAGUACCCAUUCUGGCACCAUUGAACAUUCCAGUGUAUCAAAGACGUUUUAAUACAGUAACCUCUGAGACUAUGAGCUAGUUAGCUAGCUAACAUUAGCUACUAAAGGGUUUUAUUAUUAUUAUUAUUAUUAUUAUUAUUAUAGGUUACGCCAGAGGCUACAACUGAACGACCAGGCUUUGAAAAGCUUCAAGCCUGGAGUCCUUGGAAUUUCUGAGGCCCUGUAAGGCACCACCAUGGACACUGUGAAGAAGGGAGAGAAAGAUUGUGAGGAGGAAACACUACAGACUGCCUUUAAAAAGCUACGUGUGGAUGCUGAAAGUUCUGUGGCUGCAGUGCGUGGGAGCGAGACUUUGGCACCCAGAGCCGGAACCCGACUCAGCACAGAUGGAACGAAACCCAAAAUCACUUCCCCUAAAGAGAACUGGCAUGGUUACAUACAGAUGCAGCCGAAAGUCCUCCAGGGGCUUAACAAGAAACCAGAGACGGAGAAGGUCCAAGUCUCCAAUCCUACACCCGCCCAAAUUCACCUACUGUAGCUCUAAAAUGCAAUUCAAACACAAGAGCCCCACAGAGCUGGAGGACACCAGCACCUCCCUGCUUGUUCCUGCUAAGAAGGAGCUUUUGUCCUCCCGUGCCCAUUCACCCAUCUUUGGUUCCAUGGGUUAUGACUCCAAUAUCACUUUGGAAAGCAAGAUUUCCCCUCUGAACAGAGUGGCAACCUUUGGCAAUGAGAACAACUCGGAGGGAAAGGAUGAAAGGACCAACAUUUCUUUAGAGGAGGCUCAAGCUCCAGCAGCUGACUUUAAAUCUCUGUGCCAGCUCCAGGAGAAUGGUGUGUGCCAGUGCACCAGCUGGCAUGGCAUGGAGGUCUACUCAUUCACUGGCCUGCGUGAUGUCAUUUCUGAAUGUGAAAUGAAGCUGCCCAGCUCUUCAGAUGCACCUCACAACACCAGAACAGUGAAUGGAUCAUCAGUGUCCACGUCACCGCGCUCCUGCUCCGAACAGGCACGUGUGUAUGUGGAUGACAUCACUAUAGAAGAUCUCUCGGGCUACAUGGAGUAUUAUCUCUACAUCCCUAAAAAGAUGUCGCACAUGGCUGAAAUGAUGUACACUUAAGCAAAUAAAAUAAUUUUGAGGUACACAAAAUUGGUUUAACAAAAAAUCUGCAAGCCGAUGCAUAUAGUACAUGAGAAGAUUAAAGAUAAGCAGUGGGGCACAUGUAUUAUAAAAGAUGGGACUGUUUAUUGAAAAUGAGUAGGCAUGAAGUUAUUAGGCAUGAAGUGGUAAUGAUUUCCAGGUCUUUUCCCCCUCUAUUUUUCAGUGUUCCAUUGUUCAAUAGACUAACACUCGGUGAGAUUUGUCUACUGUCUUUUUUUUCUUCUUUUCUUUCUGAUUAUUUUUCUGUUUCACAUGCCAUGCUGCCAAGGUUCUGUUGCAGGAAUUUCAGGGUUUGAUUUUAUGUGGCAUUUUUGCAUAUACCAAUAAUCAUCAUGAUCGCCUUCUUUAAAUUGUAAUAAAACACUCUUGUUAAAGGAGGGUGUUGGUUAUAGA